UUCGGGCAGAGUGAGGAGAGCGUGGCCAAUCCAUCACACCGUGCUAGUCCAAUUCUUGGAUGUAACUUUAUCACAGGAUCACAAAUAUUACCUAUUCCCAUAGGAACAAUGUGUAACUGAAAGAAAAUGGAAUUACCGCCAAAUGAUGACAAACGAAUACGGCCUAGGCGUCUUUGACCAUGAUGGGAGAUACUGUGACUGAUCGAGAAGCGCACGUUUGUCACCGCCACGUCGCCAGUAGCAGAUGUGUUGUGUGUUCUUAUCUUCAAACAUAAAGGUGUCUGAAAGAGAACAGAAAAAUGUGCUCACUUCCAUUAAUCAGUUUAAGCGGCCAAGCAAUACGGUUAAUGCACUGUGAUUCAAAGGAAGGCGUGCUCCAUCAGGGAUUGCGGAAUAUAUAUGUUAGUGAUUUUAAAACGAGGCGUUAAAAAGAAAAUUAUUCAAACAAGUAGGAAAGUUUCACAUAAAGAUGGGCUAGACAUCGGAUUAAUAUGAUUAGGUAUGGUUUUGGUUUAAAUGAUUGUUACAUUUUGAUGUAAAUGUUUAGUCCAUAUCAGACAAAUGAGAUCAUGCUUUUUUGCAGAAUGCGCCGUAUUUCGACCAAUGGAUAAGUUAAAAUGAAGAUUUAUUUAAUUUUGCAUGGACUUGUGAGCCUACUUGUUACAUUUCCUGGCGCGUCCAUCAUGCAACACAAUGUAAGUAUUGGAGCAGUUUUUGAGGAACCAGACUUCCAACAUUUCAGUAACAUAUUUUACACCGCAUUAAAGGAACAACAGGACCUAGCGGACGGCGGUAUCCUACAGGGUGUGUCAAUCCCGUCUAUGAACAAUCUCUACGACAGUUUGAAGGGGAUUUGUUCUGUUUUAAAAACCAAUAAUACCAUAGCUUUCAUUGUGGUGGGAUCUAAGGAGACCGUCAACGCCCUAACUCUUUUGACGGAACCUCUAGGGAUUCCAGUGCUGGGAUAUAUAAAAAACGAUAUUCAUACUGAUUCUAAGAUAACGCCUACAUCAUCAAGAUCAUCUAACGCAAGUAUUUUAUUCAUUUUAAAGUUUUUCACCUGGAUUUCUAUUUUUAGCUCAUCUCUCCCCUGA